AUGCCUUCGCAAGUUUCCGACGAGCAGCUAGGCGAUGCGCUGCUGCAAUCAGCCGCGCAUGGGGCGUUUCCCCAGGACGAAGAUGUCGCGUCUGCAACUGUACCUUCCAGCGCGCUUCCCAAGCUGUUAGAGGUGGUUGCUAAGGCACGAGAAGACACAAAGAACGAAGUACGCCAACUCUCAAGAGAAGCUGCUCCCGACGUCGAUGGCUGGAUAGCACAAGCACGCAAGCUGCAAGACGAUAUCAAACGCUCUCAGGAAACGGCCAAAGACAUUGUAAAACAAGCAGAAGCUGGGAAAGAAAACACAGCUCGCGUCCAGGAUGCUGCAAGCAAGGUCAGCCUGCUGCACACGGAGAUUGCAUACAAUGAGAGCUUGGCACAAGCGGUAGAACAGCUGAGAGAUAUCUCGACAUUGCUUGAUUCUGCCCAGAGUGCUGCUGUGCAUGGCCAUGUCAUGCAUGCUAUACAGACAUUGGAGGAUGCGGAUGGCGCUUUCCAGAGACUGGGAUCUUUCACGACCACGAGAGUAGUGGGUGUGUUGAAGAACAAGGAAGAGCAGCUGAAGAGAGCCAUUGUGGAAACUGUGACGGAGUCAUGGAACGGAUUGAUUUCGGUUGACAACACUAACCACAAGAUCGCACUGCAUCAAUCUAUCGAACGCGAAGCCAAGGUCGAUAUUAAUACAACGGUCGAAGCGCUUACGAGACUGGGGCUCCUUGAUAGCUUUGUCACCCGCUUGAGCCGUGAUCUUGACAAAAUCAUAAUCUUUCCCCGCCUUGCCAUGGGUACCGACCGCGUCGUAUCCGCAUUUAGAAUUCAAGAGGAUGUCAUCCAACGUGCAGGUCCGGUCAAUGAUGGAUGCGAUUGCCCGAGUGCAAACGAUGUUCCCGAAGAAAGUGCAAGAGAAAAGACUGUUGAAAGGGUCGAGACGCAAGUCAUUUCAAAAGGCGACGCGCUGCAUGCUGGGAAUGAACAAGAAGACGACUGGGCCGCUGACUGGGACGAGGAAGGAGAAGCCACAGAAGAGAAGAAAGAGACUAUCGAAGAAGAAGACAUGAGUGCCUGGGGUGAGGAUGACGAGGUAGCUGAUGACGAGUCGAAGGAGCAAGAGACCAAGGAAAAGCCAGCCGAUGCAGAGGAUGCCGAUGAUUGGGGUGCGGACUGGGAUGACGAGACCGAUACCAAACCCACUGCAACGCCGAAGCCUGCUGCAAAUACGUCAGAGCAACCGAAAACGAAUGGAAAAACUGCGUCCCAGAAACAACCGGCGCACCAGGAGGUCACACUUCGGGAGACAUAUACAGUGACGGCAAUCCCGGAUGCCAUCAUGGAAAUCAUCUUGCAGGUUAUUGUAGAAGUAGACACGCUGAACUCACCGGAGCUCGUCAAGUCCGCGAUCGCACCCGCAAGUGGAGGUCUAUAUGCCAUUCCUAGUCUCCUCCUUGCGAUGUACCGAGCUACUGCUGUGAUGCAUUACUCAAAAGAUAUUGCGAGUAACAUGCUCAUCUACAACGACUGCCAGCGGCUGUCGGAUCGUUUGCAACUCUUCCUUCAAGAACAAGCUGAGAAAGAUAAGACAUCUACGUUGCCACAGCAUUUGCAACCGUCCAGACGUCUCAAGCCGAUGCUCGAAUCUGAUAUCAAGACAAUUGACGGAUUCGGAAAGCGUGCAUAUGGACGCGAGAUGGAGUCACAAAGACAAAUCAUUAGGGAUCAUCUGGAAGAUGCGCAGGGCUUCCAGGGCUGUACUAAUGUACCCUUUGCUACAGUCUGUGAUGACGCUAUCGCCACGACCAUUGAUCGCAUAGGUGAUGUGAAGCGACAAUGGCAGAAUGUCCUCUCACACAGCGCCCUGCUUCAGUCACUUGGCUCGUUAGUAUCAGCUGUACUUACGAAGUUCAUCAACGAUGUCGAGGACAUGUCAGAUAUUGCGGAAGACGAGUCCAGAAAGCUACACGGAUAUUGUGUUUCACUUGCUACUCUAUCCCAGCACUUCCAGACCGAAGAUGGUAACGGGGAGACGAGAGACAUGGCCGGCAUCUAUACGCCCAAUUGGUUUAAGUUCCAAUAUCUGAGCGAGAUUUUGGAUAGCAGCCUCGCGGAUAUCAAAUAUUUCUGGACCGAUGGCGAGCUGAAGUUAGAGAUGGAGGCUGAAGAGGUGGUAGGCUUAAUUGAGGCCCUGUUCGCGCCUAGCGACCAUCGGAGGAGAGCUAUUGCAGAGAUCAGGAGAACCAGUAUGACAUAA